AUUUAACUUGUGCAUUAUUCGUGUCUUGUUGGAAAAAUUUAAACAAGUUAUAAAUUGGUUUUUAUUCACUGUACGGUAUGUUUUAUGAGCAAUCGUGCUUACUGUGCUUGGAAAAAACCAGCGCAACCGAUGGUCGAAUAAAUAUUGAUUCUGAAGAUCCGCAAUCAGUAAAGAUUCGUGAAGCAAUUAAACAACAUUUUAGAGAAGAGCUCAGUAUGAUACCCUUUUUAACAACCAAAAUAGUGUGCAACCAAUGUUGGGAAUUGGUACAAUCAUUUGAUGAAUUUUAUGUUCGUGUACAAAAGGCACACUUAGCAGCGAGCGAAAAACUUAAAUCUUUGCAAGAGUUGGAGAUAGAUGUAAAAGAAAUUAAAGUUGAAACGAACACAUUAGAGGAGUUUAUUUCUCUUCCAAAACGUAAAAAUAAACACUCACGCGGUCUCGAAAAUGUUGAGGAAAAUAUGGAAAACGAAUCAACAUCCUUACAGGGAAACGGAGAUAAGAAUGAACAGUUGCAUAAUGUAGAUGUAGAAAGUUUUGCUAUUAAGAGUGAAGCUAUACAAGAUGAUACACUGGAUGCAAAUUAUUCCCCGCAAAUAUCAGAAGAUGAUAGUGAAUCACGGAGCUCAAUAGCAGAAGACGUUAUAAAGCAUGAAGAAGAGAAGGCAUUGCACGGUGCACCACAUAAAAUAUUGCGAACUAAAGGAAGGCCAAAACAAAAGCGAACCCAGCAAAAGAGAGAAGCAAAGCAGCAGAAUGAAAGGCGACAUAAAACCAAAGACUAUGAUGAUUUUAUUGCACAAAAUUUUAAAUUAAACUGUUUUCUCUGUCAAAAGUCUCUAACAGAUUUCAAGGAACUAAAAAGUCAUUUUCGGGAACACCACCAAACCAACGGAUAUGUAAAAUGUUGUGGCAAGAAAUUACUUAACCGAGGUGUGCUCGUUGAUCAUAUUCAUGUUCACAUCAACCCAAAAUAUUUCAAAUGUCAACACUGCGAGAAGGUAUUAUGUGAUCGAAGUGGUCUGGAAAUGCAUUUGCAGUAUUUCCAUGGUUCCAGAGAACGUACUUAUCAUUGCACCAUUUGUUCUAAAGGCUUUUUCAGCCGAAAAGUUCUCACUCGACAUUGUCUAAUCCAUGCUCCCGACGAACAAAAAAAUGUUAAGUGCGAACAAUGUGAUAAAGCAUUCUGUAAUCAAUAUAGCAUGAAACAACACUUAGCGCUAGUUCAUCUAAAUUUAUAUGCGAAGAUAUGUGAUAUUUGCGGCAAAGCUUUAAACGGAAAUGAAGCAUUUCGACGGCACCAGGAGGAACAUGCUGGUAUACCUGCCACCUCUGUGAAGUGUAAUUUAUGUAAUACAGAACUUAAGACAAAAUACGGAUUGGCGCGACAUAUGAAAACAAUGCACACCGAGGAGUACCAAACUCCCCAAGUCUGCCCAAUUUGUUUCAAAGUAUCUCCAAAUCUACGAGCACAUAGAAGUCAUAUGGAAUAUUUGCACGUCGCAGAAAAAAAACAUGUUUGCAAACUUUGUGACAAAGCAUUCAAAUUGCCAAAAAGCCUUCGAGAACAUAUGACAACACAUACAGGAGAAGUUUUGUGUACUUGUACAUUUUGCCCCCAAACCUUCAAUUCUGCAUCGAACAUGUACACUCAUCGUAAACGAAAGCAUCCAAAAGAAUGGGCAGAAAAAUGUGCAAAUAAAAGAAUCUACUCUGGAAUAGUACAAAAGAUUCAAAAAGAUUUGGAAUCCACGAUAUAAUCACUGAAUGCAGACCACGCGCAUUUUUAAAGAUAUGAACUAAAAUAUGUAAAAAGAACAAUUGAGAAAAUAAAAGGAAGAAAACUA